AUGGCGUUGAUAGCUGAGGAAAAAAGUGAAUCAUCAUCAUCAUCUUCUUCAGUAGCUGUGGUAUCAGAAGAGCCUAAAAAUGAGGAACCCCAGAAGAAAGAUUUGAGUUUGGAAGGUGAGUUAAGUGGAGAGAGCGGAGUAAGUGGAACUGAGUCCAAACCUGAGGCUGAAUCCGAUGCGGAGAAGGAAGAGAAAGAGAAGCUGCAAGAAUUGGACUGGAAAAGUGAUGAGAACUUCAAGAAGUUCAUGCGGAAUCCAUCUAUUGAGGCUGCUAUAAAGUUAGAAAAGAAGAGGACCGAUAGGAAGCUAAAGGAGCUUAACCGGGAAACAAGUGAUAAUCCCAUCUUGGGCUUCUUUAAUAAAUUAGCUCGAGAUAAUUUGCCUAAAGAGAAAGAGAGGUUGGAAAAAGCAGAAGAGGCUUUUAAAGCUCUUGACCUUAACAAGUUAAAGAGCUGUUUUGGAUUUCAUGCAUUUUUUGCCACUAAUGUUAGGAUAUUUGGAGAUGGAGAAAUUCUUAUUGGAAAUACAAAUCCCAGUUCUCAGCCUACUCAUCCCUCAAACUCUUACCGGUAA